AAAGAGCAAAAACAGAUACUACAAAUACAAGUAAAUAGUACAUGCAACUCUUAAUUACCAUUUGUAAUUUAACAAUUAAGAAAUUAGACUUAGCCGAGAGAUCUUCAUGAAUAUCAAUGUGGUAAACGUACACUGUGUAAUCCUUUUAUCGAAAAACAUUAAAAUAAUAUUUUCAUUAUAGGAUAUUACAAAGAAUCACGUAAAGAAAAAGUAUUUCGGAUAUUGGCUAUUAUAGGAAUAAUAUUAUUUCCAUUAAUUUUGCUGAUCUGCUUUCGGGUAAGUUUGUAUUAUAAUUAUUCAUGUCAAGAGGGUUCGAGCUUCGACCACGUAAACAUAUUGUCACCAAGAAGCUUGUAUGUCAGGAUUUAAUAACUAACAGGUAAAUAGUAGCUGGACGUAAGCCCAGUGUGUACCCAUUACAAAACGUAUUUUUAAGAACCACUGCAUUCCAUUAUCCUAUCCAAAACUCACAACGAUAGCUCAUUCCAUUCCUACUAAUCAUGCUCAUACCACUUAUGAAAAUGCUGAAUUUCAUUCAAAUGACAUUGACCAUUACCAACUCACUAUUAUGCCAGUACCACAGCUAUCAAUGUUAUUCUAGGUGGUAAAACAAUACAAAAGGGCGAUAAUCAUGCGAUUUGGGCGAGUUCGGAAAGACUCACCAGCUGGACCGGGAAUAAUAUGGGUGAUACCGUGCACUGACAGUAUUCAUAUGGUUGAUCUCAGGACUCAGUCCUUUAACUUACCACCUCAAGAAAUUCUCACAAAAGACUCAGUGACGGUUACUGUAGAUGCAGUCGUGUACUUCCACAUAGACAAACCACUUCAUUGCCUCUUGAACAUUCAAUCAAACAAGUAUGCAAACGAACUGAUAACAAUAGCCACUAUCAGGAAUAUACUUGGCCAGCACUCGUUAUAUACUCUGCUAACGAGUCGAGAAACAAUAAGUCAGAAGUCGAGAGCUGAAAUAGAUAAGACCACUCAAUUGUGGGGCGUUAAAAUAGAGCGAGUUGAAAUAAAAGACGUAUUCCUGCCAUUUGAGCUACAAAAAGCGAUGGCUGCCGAAGCUGAGGGUACUCGCAUAGCUAAAGCCAAAGUUAUUGAGGCAGCAGGUGAAAUAAAAGCUGCAGAAAAUCUUAAAGAAGCUUCUCUCAUAAUGAUGGAGAAUCCACAUAUUAUGCUGCUAAGAUACCUGCAAACUUUGAAUUAUAUUGCUGCAGACCAGUCUACAACUGUACUGUUUCCAUUCCCUAUAGAACUUCCAGGAACACGUCCACAAUGCCAUAAAUGCAACUAAAUCCACCAGAACUCAAGAGAUAAAUCAAAGUAGGUAUCUUAAUUUCCUUAUCUUCUUACAUAGUCAUAGGCAAAGUAUGUGCAAUAGUUAUUCACAGAAAAAGUAGUUUUCAUGACAUUGCGAUCGGCCAAAAUAGCCAAUUUGUACGUUUCAGAACUGUUUCUAAUACUAUGACAAUAGUUUUCGAUUGUCAUCAACCGUCAAAUUGGUAACCUUAUCUUUCGUAACAUAAAUAUUCCAAAUUUCCGUAUUUUAAACAAAUAAAUUGAAAAAAAAAAUGUCUUAUACAAAAAGCAACACAAAAAUACAAGAUGAUGGCAUCUCAAUGGCAGCCAAAAGUACAGAUAUGGAUUUAGAAAAAGCAUCAAAAGUGAUGUCACAGGGCUUCAAUUUAAAUCAAAUUGCUGGUUCAAAUGAUCAAAAUAAAUGCAUAGAAUCAUGCCUCGUAUUCCUAUCUUUGCUUCUAGUUAUAAUAACGUUUCCAUUUUCUUUGUUUACCAUUUAUGUGGUAGUUAGACAGUUCGAACGAGCAAUCAUUUUGCGUAAUGGAAAAUUACGGAAAAACAAAGCGUAUGGACCUGGUCUCGUCUACGUGUUACCAUGCGUCGAUACCGUCAAGUAUACUGACCUCAGAAUCAUUAGUUAUGCUGUACCGCCACAAGAGGCUUUGACGAAAGAUGCUCUGACUAUUGCUGUGGAUGCAGUUGUCUUCUACAAAAUAAACGAUCCGGUUUGGGCUGUUGUUAACGUUGCUGAUUAUAAGAUAGCCACUCAAUUUUUAGCAGCUACAACUCUCCGCAACGCUCUCGGGACUCGAAAACUAGCUGAAAUCCUCGUCGACCGUCCCGCAGUGAGCUAUCAGGUGUUUGAAAAUAUGAAGACGCUCACCCUUAACUGGGGGGUUGAGAUCGUGAGAUUUGAAUUAAAGGACAUAAGUCUGCCUCUGCAGCUGCAAAAAGCAAUGGCGACGGAAGCCGAGUCAUCAAGGUUGGCGAACGCUAAAAUAAUCGUAGCCAACGCUGAAAUAGAAUCCACUAAGAACCUUCAGAAGGCUACUAAAUUGCUCAUGGAUAAUCCUUACUGCAUGCAGCUAAGAUAUUUGCAAGCACUUCAAAUGAUUGCCGGAGAUAAAACCCAUACCGUAGUGCUACCGUUCUCGAAAGACACGAUCAAAUCAUUAUUGAGAUGAACUAUGGAACAAGUUAAAAGUGUAAAAUUGUGUUUGGAUUUGUAAAUUAAAUGACGAGUGAUUGUAUUA